GGUCUACUAAAAGUCUUACAACGAACACCAAACGCAGACCCUCGCUAUAUCCAUUCCGGUCUGAGAAGUUGUAGGAGCUUACGCUCUGCCGUUCGUCAAUUGUUUUGUCUUUUGAUGAGAAGGAAAGUGCAUUGUUGUGUGGAUGUGUUUGGUGGUUUAGAUUGAUCAGUGAGAAAGUUUAGAUACGCGGAAAUAACGCCAAGACUUCCGUGUUUGAUAAGACAUUGAAGACUUAGACAAGAUUUGAUUCGACACAUCUAUGAUUCUGUAUCAGUGUGACAUCGAAACUCGUUUCCAACCUGUGACAUUUGAAAUCUACGCAGUCAUUCCAGAAUUGUUGAAACAGCAGAGGCCAUAAAGGGAGGGACAGUGAAGGAAAACCUGAAAAAAUGUUAACCAGGCUGUCGUGUCUCGUGCCUCUGACACUGCUUAUCUGCACGCUGAUAGUGAGCACCACGUGUACGUCAGCAAAUAGUGCGAACCACGAACUGUUGACACGGCUGGGGAUGUCUCGUAGAAGAAUGCCCAUGAACCAUCACAGGAAACGACUCGCUACCGAGUCCCGCCAUCAUGGCGUCAACAGAGAAGACUCCCACAUGUUCAUCAUAAAACUCCCGCCAAACCCGUAUUACUACUCGCAUUUGAAACCCACGAAAAUUUCAAACGCUUAUAAUUCGGUGAAUAAAGUCCCAGUCAGUUUCAGAGCUAAUGGAAAACCUGCAAGAGUGUAUCACUGGAAUAUCCCUGUUCUGAAGAAGAUUGCAAAUAAUUCAAGACGCAAGUCCGUCGGUUCGAACCUUCAGGCCCAAGACAGUAAAAUAUAUACCAUACAGAAGACGUCUCCUUGGACUCACGGCAAAGGAAACGAGGCACGUGAGAAAUCUACUCCGAUGAAACAACAUAGAAAAUCCGAUCACAAUGAGAAGCCAGCCGUUUCGUACUACGCACCAGCCAAUCAACGCAAAACGAUGAUUCAGAAAUAUUUCUCUGGAAAUGGAAAACCACAGUCGUUUUACGUGAUUGAAAAGAGUAAGAAACCCGUGUAUCAUCAAAGGCUGUUAACCCUGAACAAUUGAUUCUUCGAUUUUAUUUUCUAUGCUCACGUGCAGGUAGAGUUCCUGGCGCAUUAAACUUUUCCGGGUGCUUCCAGCAACCGGAAAGUUGUACGAGAGUGGUUCGGUUAAUCCUGAGUAUCGCCGAAGUCCACUGUUGUACUUGCAGUGAAACUUUUUGUAAUGCCUAGACAGACUGGCAUUUCGUCAGAGGCAGCAGACCAGUGACUUGCACUCUGACCUCUCCCCCGAUAAAUGUAAUGGACGUAGCAUGUAAGUGGAAAUAUGACGUCACACAUAUUUCCUGUACCUUACACGAGAGAGAACGCCAGCUUGGAGGCAAAAGAAUGUUAUAAUUACGUGGACAACAGCUCGAUUAUCUGUUUUCUGGUAAGAACUCCGUUCUUAUUACGGGAAACGUAUUCUGGUGAUUGUACCUGUCCUGUUCGUGUCUUUAUUUCAACAGGAAAUAUCAGAAUUCUUGAUUAAUCUAACUGUAGGUUUCAGUUAAUUUUGAAUGACAAAUGAUUUUGUAACUCUUGGUGGCAUGUACUGAAAUUUCGUUCUAUGUUUUAAAAAAAUCUUAGCAGAUAAAAGUUAAUAUAAUUGUGACGUUUAAGUGUGUUUGUAGGCCUAAUUAUAAGUCGAGACGUAGGCCUGUUAUAGGGAUUUAAACCGAGUGGAGAACUUUUGCAGUGUUCUCAGAAACAAGUUAUGGUUGUCUCGUUCAUGAACCUAAAUCUGUAUUUGUGUGAAUAACAGAAUUAUAGACACUUUUUCCGUGUUUUAAGAGACUAAGACGCAGAAUCCUACAGAGUUUUUCUGUAUUAAUUUACAUUAUAGUAUCGGUACAAAGUGGCCUUUCAUUAGGUAGGAAGGCCUAGAGGUCAUAGGAGCAUACAGGAAAGAACUUUUAACCUAACAGAAUUUUACUGUGUAAUUAUAAGUCUGUGACAUUAAUAACAAACAAACAAAUGUUUUCUCGUACUUAGAUCGUAUACUGUUUUUUUUGUAUUAAUUUAUUAUAGAUAAAGUUAAAAUAGUUUUACCACGUAUAUAAUAACAUGCAAAGGUUAUCUGAUUAUAGUUUCCCCACUAAUAUCGUAAUACGUACUACAUAAUUUGUUUACGUAUUUUAAAACUUUUAAGUUUUAAUUUCUAUUCGCUGUAAAAUAAAUGCAUAGAUACUGUAUAUAUUUUUAUGUAUAAGCUUAUCAAUAAAGGUAGAAUAUAUAUACUAAAAUAAAGGAGGUAUAAUGUGUGUUUUUGGGAUAUCUGGAAACAAUCCGAUAGCUUCAUUGAUGCUAAAUGACUAUACAAGAAGGGAACAGUAAAUAUAAGUCCGUAAAUGACGUGAAUUUCAUUGUCAUCGAGUGUCGUCAUUUUUCGCUUUAACAAAGACGUCCAAUAUUACGUAAACAAUUUUUUUUUUAAAAAAAAUGAGAAUUAUGCUUUAUUUAAGUUGUGAUUUGUGACCAAGAUAUGUAGCAUUUAGAUUUACAAUUUCAUUGUAUUUGCAAGCACCUUAUUUGCUAUAUUAUUAUAGGAAAUUAACAUUUUUAUAACGUUCCUGUAAAUAUAUAGUAAAAUUUGUUUUAGAUUA